AUGGAAGUCGUUAUUUUCAAAGAUUACUGUCAAACAGUGACUGGACCGAUUCCAGCAGAAUUAACCAUUGGGGUUCGGCGAUUCGACACCUUCCAACUGUUCCAAGCCGAUUCCACUUGGGGUCCAUUGGAGCACAUUGCUUUCUCAAGUUACUUCACUGAUGCAACUGGAUUGAGUUACAUCGAAGUUGUUAGAGUUUACGAAGACGACAAGGUGCAAGUUCACUACGAAAUCGUCGACAGUCCGAACGGCGAUUGGCAAACCGGAGAAUUGCUGUGCCCUUUGUCGACUUCCGCGGUUUUCCACGCUUCCUCCAGGGAAAGUCAUAAGCUUCACCUUCAACUGAACUCGCCGACGCUUCACGGGUACCUAAAGCCAAACUGUCAUGGUGGCGUUUUGUGGCAGAGUUACAUUUCAAAUGCUCCAGACGACCAGGGUUUCUUUUACGGAGUAAGUUCCUCAAUUGUCAGUAAUCCCACGGUUGACGGAGGAUUAGCAUGGGACGUGAUUAGUUUCACACUGACACCAGAUGACCGCGUCUUAGUGAAUUUCCACCUUUACGACAUUCCUGCGGGCGGAGAUUUGCUUCCGGAUCCCUCUGGAGCACUGAUUGAAUGCGAGUUGCACCACGGAGGAGGAGGCGGGCCUGGAAGCGUGUACUUCUACCGAUACCCGUGAUGGAAAUGAUUUACUCACGAUGCAAUUUGUUCAAUGGAUACGGAAAACGAAUAAAAGCAAUUAAUGGAUAAA